AUGGAUAAAUCUUGGAUUUUGUCCGAUAGAUUAUCAAUCGCAUACGAGGAAGGUGUGAAUGCCUUUUUAGAGUUUGCACAAUUCAAUAACCCAAAUUCCGACGCCAUUCCGUGUCCUUGUGUAAAUUGUAGCAAUUUGUGUCACACUUCCAUCUCCAACGUGCGGUAUCACCUGUUUAAACACGGUUUCGAUGAGAAUUAUAAUUUUUGGUCCUUCCACGGAGAAAAUUCAUCUAAGGAUGAAGCUCCAUGCCCUAAUGAGUCUAUACCUCCCGAGUUCGAUUACACAAAGCAGAUGCUACAUGAGGCCUUCACAUAUGCAGAGAAUGAACCUAGCUUAUUGAAGUCACUUCUCGAAGAAUGCGACAAGCCACUGUAUGAAGGGUCUGAGUAUAAUGCACUAAAUUGUUUGCUGAAAUUCCAAGCUUUGAAGGGUCAAUUUGGCUGGUCUGAUACAAGCUUUGAUGCUUUAUUGGGCGAGCUAAAUGAUGUUUUGCCUUCAACUAAUACAAUUCCUAAGUCGAUAUAUGAGGCCAAGAAGUUGCUGAAAGGAAUAAGCAUAGAAUACAUUAAGUAUCAUGCCUGUGAGAAUGAUUGUGUCUUGUUCUGGGAUGAGCACAAGGAUGCUUCUCAAUGUCCAACUUGUGGCACUUCUCGGUGGAAGGAGAAUAGCAAGACAGUGCCGAGAAAAGUUGUUUGGUAUUUCCCGCCCAUUCCUAGAUUUAGAAGAAUGUUCUCGUCACCAAAAACCGCACAUGACCUAACUUGUCAUGCGCAAGGUCGGGUCAGUGAUGGCAAGCUAAGACAUCCUUGUGAUUCUCCAUCUUGGAAGCUUGUUGACGACAAGUGGAAAGAAUUUGGAAAGGAAGACAGGAAUCUGAGAUUAACCUUGUCUGCGGAUGGUAUAAACCCUCAUAAGUCAUUAAGUGCAAAGUAUAGUUGUUGGUCGGUUACCCUAGCAACGUACAAUCUGCCUUCUUAUUUGUGUGUGUCAAGAAAGUUCAUGAUGUUGACUCUACUGAUAUCAGGUCCAAGGCAACCUGGUAACAGUAUUGAUGUCUACUUGGCACCACUAAUAGCGGAUCUGAAACAGUUGUGGGAACCUGGUGUUAAGACGUAUGAUGCUUAUAAGAAACAGUUCUUCAAUCUAAAAGCAGUCUUACUUUGGACUAUAAAUGACUUUCCCGCAUAUGGUGACCUGUCGGGGUAUGUUACCAAAGGUUAUAACGCGUGUCCAGUAUGCUCAGAGGAUACUUACUCACAGUGGUUGCCAAAAUCCAAAAAAGUAUGCUUCCUCGGGCAUAGAAGAUUCCUCCCACUUACACAUCCUUUUCGCAAAAGAAAAAAAGAUUUCAAUAAUGAACAAGAGAGCGGUGUGAUGAAAAAACCGAGAUCGGGUGAAGAAGUUUACGACUAUCUGGAAGGGUUUACGACUAAAUGGGGGAAGAAGAAAAAGGCAAAGAAGGAAUUAGAUGUUAUGCAUAUAGAAAAGAAUGUAUGUGAGAGUAUUUAUGGGAUGUUACUGAAUUUGCAAGGCAAGACGAAGGACGGUUUAAAUGCAAGACAAGAUCUGGAGGAGUUAGGGAUUAAGCUUGAGUUAAUAAGUCAACCAAAAGUGAAGGGCCAUUAUCUGCCGCCUGCGAUAUACACAUUAAAUAGCGCGGAGAAACGCAUGUUUUAUCACACGCUGUCCAACAUAAAGGUGCCUGAUGGGUAUUCCUCCAAUUUCAAGAAUCUCGUGUCCGAUGAUAAUUCGAAGAUGAAUGGAUUGAAGUCCAACGACUGUCACGUACUAAUGCAACAGAUUCUUCCUUUUGCAAUAAAGGGGGUGUUAGACGUGAAAGUUAGGAAGACUAUUAUAAGCUUGUGUAAUUUCUUCAACGAGUUGUGUAGUAAAGUAGUUGAUGUUAGUAAGCUAGGCAAGCUGCAAACUGACAUCGUAGUAACAUUGUGUUAUUUUCCGCCUUCGUUUUUCGAUAUCAUGAUUCAUUUGAUGGUGCAUUUAGUCAGAGAGGUGAGGUUAUGUGGCCCAGUCCACUUUAGGUGGAUGUAUCCGUUUGAGAGGUACAUGAAAACACUAAAAGGUUAUGUACAAAAUCAUUAUCGACCCGAGGGCUGCAUGGCAGAAUGUUAUGUGGCAGAGGAAGCAUUAGAAUUCUGUUCCGAUUACUUGGAAAACAUGAAAUCAAUUGGCAAUCCUCAUGAUGGUGCUGAUGAAAGAAACCGCACUGGUAAACCUUUAUCGCAUGCUACCAUCUAUGUUGUGGAUUCUAAGUUACUUGAUCAAGCUCAUCUUUAUGUAUUAGGAAACACUGCCGACGUUGAACCAUACAUAGAGCAGCAUAUGACAGAACUGAAGGAUCUUAACCCGCGUCGAAAUAAUACAUGGUUGCAGAGCCAACAUAGUCGGACGUUUAUUGACUGGUUUAAGAACGAGGUUGAUAAGCGUUUGGCUAACAGGGAAAAUACCGGUGAUACUGUUCGUUGGUUGGCAAAGGGCCCUGAUUUUGCUAUUAGUAAAUAUACCGGGUAUGUUGUAAAUGAGUAUCAAUUCCAUACAAAAGAGCGUGAUGAAUCUAAAACCACUCAAGGUAGUGGAGUAUCUGUAGUUGCAAAUACUAUGCAGAUUGCUAGUGCAAAAGACUCCAAUCCGGUGUACGGUGCUAUUACAUACUUCGGUCGUAUAUUGGAAAUAUGGGAUCUUGAUUAUCGUACAUUUACGGUUCCUGUUUUCAUGUGUGAGUGGGUAGAUAGUCGUGGAGUAAAAAAAGAUGAUUUAGGAUUCACAGUGGUUAACUUUGAUAGGCUAGGUCAACAGUCUGAACCCUUCAUAUUACCUAGUCAAGCAAGACAAGUUUUAUAUGUUCAGGACCAACAAGAUAGGAACCUGUCUGUUGUUGGCUUCACACCACAUAGGAUGCAAAAGUAUGGAGAUAAUAAUGGUGAAACUGAUGAUGUGUUUGAAUUUGAUGCUACACAAGAUAUGAACCUGUCUUUUGUAGAUCUAGACGAUGAUUUUAAGUGUACGCACUCGGAUGAUGAGAGCAUAUUCGUUUUAGAUCAUUAG